AACUUCGUGGAAUGUUGUGAUAUUUCGUUAAAACGUGAAAAAAGUUUGAGAAAUUUAAAGUUUACAAUGAUUUUCCUAUUUCUUAACUUCUUUAUUUUACCCUAAAGAUGAUUCAGUGUCGUCGCAGAGGUAUACCGACUUUAAUUCGUCGAUUUUGUUGCAUCGCUCUGGUUAUCUUGAUCAUACUGCAGUUUGCUGGUAUCAACAUCUUUUUUACUCCGUCAUUAAAAGGAGUAUCAAGGCCUACUGGCAGACACUUGUUGAGUACUGUUGAAUGGGAGAGAUGCGACUUUGAAAUUGGUCAUAAAAGAAACUACUCUCAUUCAGAAAGUUGGAGUUCACCAGCUGAAGCUUACGCUUGGGUAGCGUUAUAUGUUGUUUUGAUUUUGAUUGUAUUUGUAGCCCUGGCAAUAAUAUGUGACGACUUUUUUGUGCCCUCCCUGGAAGCUAUCAGUGAAAAAUUGGACCUUUCAGAAGAUGUAGCAGGUGCAACGUUUAUGGCAGCUGGGUCAUCAGCGCCUGAGCUCUUCACCUCUAUAGCUGGAGUUGCUGUAGAAAGCGAUGUCGGUGUUGGCACCAUAGUCGGGAGUGCUGUUUUUAACCUGCUUGGAAUUUGCGCAUUGUCAGCCGCUUUCGCCGGACAGAGCCUAAAGCUGGAUUGGAGACCGCUAUCUAGGGACGCUACGUUCUACGCCAUGUCAAUCGCGUUUUUUAUUGUUUUCGCCUGGGAUGGAAAAUUCGAGUUGUACGAAAGUGUGAUUAUGCUGGUCAAUUAUGUUGUUUACAUCAUUAUCAUGAAGUUUAAUCCGAAAUUGAUGGAUUUUUUGGAGUCCUGUACCUCAAAAAAGAAAAUCGCUCCAGUUGAGUCAAAUAAGUCAUGUGAACCUGAAAAUACAAACACAGCAAGUCCCACUAAUAAUGCUGCAGAAGAUGGCGAAAACGACGGUACCGAUAAGCUAAGAAGAUUUUCACGAGUUAGUAAAGGAUACUUGUCACACGAAGAUGUAGUUAGACGCUCUCAAGUAAGUUUACCUGCAGCCUUCAGUCAUUUGCCUCAUGUUGCCGACACACAACAGUCUUGCAACGCUGAAUCCGAGUACGACGAAGUCAAUGAAGUGGUGGUUUGUCCAUGUCUACCCCCGGUUCAAGCAGACAUCCCAUCCAAGCAUGGGUCUGGAUGUUUUAGCAUACUCCGGCUGAUUCUUAGCUGGAUUUUGUUUGUUGUUUCCUUUCCUUUCGUGAUCUUGUUUACAUGGACUAUUCCAAACUGCUCGACGCCGGAAACAAAAAAAUAUUACUUGUUUUCAUUUCUCAUGUCAAUAUCGUGGAUAGCUACUCUGAGUUUCGCUAUGGUUACUCUCGUCGGCAGAGCAGGGUGCAUUUUGGGUAUUGAUAAGUUUACGAUGGGACUGGUUGUGGUGGCCAUUGGAACGAGUAUUCCUGAUGCACUUAGUUCCAUCUUGGUUGCACGCGAUGGUUAUGGAGAUAUGGCGGUUUCAAAUGCAAUCGGAUCCAAUGUGUUUGACAUUGACCUUGGACUUGGGUUUCCUUUCGUUAUCAAUUCUUUGAUUCGGGAUUUUAAACCUGUUGUGCUCACAUCACCCGAAGAACAGGAAAAAUUUGACAAAGGAGAAAUUCUUAUCAUUCCUCAUGUGAAAUUUGGUUUCAUUUUACUGAUUAUAUUAUCGUUAUCGUUAAUCGUAUUUGUAGUGAAUCGAUUUAGACUAACGAAGCGUUUAGGUAUAUCAUUUGUUUUACUGUAUUUUGUAUUUGUUGGAUACGCUUACUUUCAAGACGUUGCUUGUGACAACGAUUGCUAGAACAAAUUUAACUGUACAGAGGCUAUUUUAUUGCGAAAAUUGCAAGAAAUUUUGUAGAAUCGUCCCAAGCUAAUUUAUUCUACCUCGUCCUGACUUUACCUAUCUUGAAUCAAGGAUAGAAUAAAAUUAAUGCGUGAAGAUUAAUUAAAUAAUUUUGUGACGAAAACAUUCCUUGAGAUAAAUAUGUCCGUCAUUUUGUUUUGUGUUUUCACCUACGACGAUUCAGAUUUAAUUUUGUUAAAAGCAAUACCUGUUACACACUUCUGACAGAACAUUACGAUGAGAAAAUUGUUAAUAUCGAGAAAAUAGUCCUCUGUUGGUGCUAGGCAUAUUUGAGUCAGUAGUGUGUAAUAGGCUUUAUAUUUUUAAAAUGUUGUAAAUAAAAUUGUAAAUAUGUUUAUAAAAUUUAUACAAACUAAUAUUGAAUGAAUAUACGUGUG